AUGUUUGUCAACAGUAGUUCCGACGAUGAAGAAGUUAUGAUAGUGGCCGCAAUACUAGCAGAAGAUGAGAGCAAGAAAAAGAGAAAGAGAAGCACUUGGAUUCACCCCAUUAAUAGAAAAAGAUUAAAUCUUGGAGAGUUCCAUCAUCUAUUUAAUGACCUGAAAGAAGAUGAGAAUAAAUUUUUCCAAUAUUUUAGAAUGUCACCAACUAAAUUUUCGGAACUUGGUGAUAUUCUAGAGCAUGAAUUAACAUUCCAGAACACUUCAUUUCGAAGAGCAGUAUCAAAGGAAGAAAGGUUUGCUGUAGCAUUAAGCUACCGACUUGGAGAAACAACAGUUCGUAACAUAGUUUAUGGAACUUGUGAGGCUAUAUGGAAAAAAUUGGGACCGUUGGUAAUACCUUCUCCUUCAAAAGAAAGUUGGAUACAAAAUGAACAUGAUUUCCAAAGAUUAUGGAAUUUUCCCAACUCUAUUGCUGCCAUCGACGGAAAGCACGUAGUUACCGAUAAACCCCCUUAUAGUGGCUCAUUAUAUUUUAACUACAAAAAGACAUUUAGUAUUGUUUUACUUGCAUUUGUAGAUGCACAUUGUAAAUUCACUGCCAUUGAUGUAGGCGCCUAUGGAAGAAAUAGCGAUGGUGGAAUAUUUGCAAAUUCUGCAAUUGGAAAGAAAAUGUUCAAAAAUAAUCUGGAUUUACCUCAAGAUAAAGCUUUACCUGGCACUAAUGUAAUUAUGCCUCAUGUCUUUGUAGGAGAUGAGGCUUUUCCUCUACACAAACAUUUAAUGCGACCUUAUCCAGGUGGCGAAAUACUGAAUAACGAAGAAAUUAAAAUCUUUAAUUACAGGCUCAGUAGAGCUAGACGUGUUUCAGAAAAUGCUUUCGGAAUUUUGACAAAGAGAUUUCGUAUUUAUCAAAGACGCUUGCAAAUUAUCCCUGAGCACCUCGAUAAAGUUGUAGUUGCUACAUGUUGUUUGCAUAACUUUCUUCGAAAUGAUACAUGCCAUUGGACCGAAAACGACGAAGAUAAUCAACCCUCACACGGAUUAACAGAUAUGUCAGGAAUAGGUGGAACUUCAACUGCACUUGCAAUGGAGAUUAGAAAUACAUUUAAAAAUUACUUCUCUGGGACUGGUUCCAUAUCAUGGCAAAUGGCAACAGUUAGGAAAGGCAAAAGAAAUACGGCAGUCAAUAUUGAGACUGACACUUAG